UGAGCGAACGCGGACUGGCGCGAAAUGACACACAACAGUGCCGCAUUCUGCACGAGGAGUACUGUACUGAGUAUUUUCUUGAUAUUUUUUACAAGCUAUAUAAUAAAAUGGCUGCUGAAGUCGUAGACGAUCAUGAAAUGAGGGAGGCGCAGAGGGAUUACCUGGAUUUCCUUGACGAUGAUCAAGACCAGGGCAUCUACCAAAGUAAAGUACGAGAGAUGAUCGGGGAGAACAAAUCCCGGCUUAUUGUGAACAUCAACGACCUGCGCCGGCGCAACGACAAGCGAGCAGCCAAGCUGCUGAAUAAUGCAUUUGAGGAGCUUCUGGCAUUCCAGCGUGCCCUGAAAGAUCUGGUGGCAUCAAUAGAUGCAACUUAUGCCAAGCAACAUGAGGAGUUCUUCAUCGGCCUGGAAGGAAGUUUUGGUAAUAAACACGUCACCCCUCGAACCCUGACUUCUCGCCUGCUGGGCAGCAUGGUGUGCUUGGAGGGCAUCAUCACCAAAUGCUCUUUAGUGCGUCCCAAGGUAGUACGCAGUGUGCACUACUGCCCAGCCACUAAGAAGACUCUGGAGCGCAAAUACACAGACAUGACCUCUCUGGAUGCCUUCCCUUCAAGUGCUAUCUAUCCCACUAAGGAUGAAGAGAACAAUCCACUGGAGACCGAGUUUGGUCUGUCCAUCUAUAAGGAUCACCAGACCAUCACGGUGCAGGAGAUGCCUGAAAAAGCCCCAGCCGGUCAGCUGCCCCGCUCGGUGGACAUCAUCCUGGACAACGACCUGGUGGAUUAUGUUAAACCAGGGGACCGGGUUCAGUUGAUUGGCACUUACCGCUGCCUGCCUGGCAAAAAGGGCGGGUUCACAUCGGGUACCUUCAGGACAAUUAUGAUCGCCUGCAAUGUCAAACAGAUGAGCAAAGAGAUCUCUCCUUACUUCUCUGCCGAUGAUGUGGCCAAGAUCAAGAACUUCUGCAGAGCACGUUCAAAGAAUGUGUUUGACCAGUUGGCUCGCUCCUUGGCACCAAGUAUUCACGGUCAUGAGUACAUAAAGAAGGCGAUCCUGUGCAUGCUUCUAGGAGGGGUGGAGAAGGUUUUGGAGAAUGGCUCGCGCAUUAGAGGGGAUAUCAAUGUGCUUCUUAUAGGUGACCCCUCUGUGGCCAAAUCUCAGCUUCUUCGGUAUGUUCUUCACACGGCUCCUCGUGCCAUUCCCACCACUGGCAGAGGUUCAUCAGGUGUUGGUUUAACCGCAGCCGUCACCACAGACCAAGAGACAGGUGAGCGUCGUCUCGAGGCUGGUGCCAUGGUGCUGGGGGACAGAGGGGUGGUCUGUAUUGACGAAUUUGAUAAAAUGUCAGACAUGGAUCGCACUGCUAUUCACGAGGUCAUGGAACAGGGUCGCGUCACCAUCGCCAAAGCAGGCAUUCACGCCCGACUGAAUGCCCGCUGUAGUGUCCUGGCAGCCGCCAACCCUGUGUAUGGCCGGUAUGAUCAGUACAAAACCCCCAUGGAGAACAUUGGUCUGCAGGACUCCCUGCUGUCUCGUUUCGAUUUGCUGUUCAUCAUGCUAGAUCAGAUGGACCCCGAGCACGACCGUGAGAUCUCCGACCACGUGCUACGCAUGCACCGCUACAGAGAUCCUCGUGAGCAGGAUGGAGCUGCUCUGGCUCUCGGUGGUUCAGUGGACGCAUUGGCCACUGAAGACCCCGAUGCAGCCCAGGAGGAAGAGGAGCUACAGGUGUAUGAGAAACACAAUCCACUCCUUCAUGGAAGCAAGAAGGCCAAAGACCGAGUGGUGAGUAAAGAAUUCAUGAGGAAGUAUAUUCACGUCGCCAAGGCGAUUUCUCCCGUGCUGACCCAAGAGGCAGCCAAUCACAUCGCAGAGGAGUACUCGAGACUGCGCAGUCAGGACCAGAUUGGCUCUGACAUUGCACGGACAUCACCGGUCACCGCGAGAACACUGGAAACUUUGAUCCGUCUGUCUACGGCUCAUGCCAAAGCUCGCAUGAGCAAAGCUGUGGAGCUGCUGGACACAGAAGUUGCUGUGGAGCUCGUGCAGUUUGCCUAUUUCAAGAAGGUUCUAGAGAAGGAACGCAAGCGGUCAAGAAAUGACCAGCAAGAUGAAGCAUCAGAGGAUGAAGAGGAGGAUGAAGCACCAGAAACACCAAGACAACAAAGAAAAAGGAGGCGCCAGUCUGAGCCCAGAGCAUCUCAGGGCAGUGAAUCAUAUGAUCCCUAUGACUUUAAUACAGAGACUGAAAUACCAGAAAUUCAGUCCCCAGCUCCUGCGAGGCAGAGUGAGGAGCCGAUGGACACACCUGAUCAGAAUGGACAAACAGUAUUACCUGCGGACAGGCUAAAGGUGUUUAAAACUGCAUUAUCUGAGGUUUUCCACACUGCUCAUGCCCAGUCAAUGGGUUUGAUGACUUUGAUGCAGGACAUUAACAAGAGUUGUCCAUCGCCAUUUAAUGAAGCAGAGGUCCGUGCCGCACUUAACACCAUGCAAGAUGACAACCAGGUUAUGGUUGCUGAUGACAUCAUCUUCCUUAUAUAAAUAUAUAUAAGAUCUUGGAAAAACUUUACUUUUUUUUUUUUUAAGUUAAAGCUUCAAGUGUGGAUUUAUUUCAGAAGAUUUGCAACUUGUGUGCAAUGUUUAUUUUCCUGUGUUUUUAGAUGCAUACACAUGUAUGCAUGUAUUUCUUAAAACUAUUCUAGCACAUUUUACAUUCUUACAGUAAGCUGUAUUUGUUUUUUUACAACUGUAAAGACAGGGAUUGUUUUGUUCUAAACAUAACAUUGUGUUCUUUAAUUGUUGUAAUUUUUCUGUUUUAUUUUCAUUUUAAGUUUAGGUUGAAGAAGGAGUAUUGUGUUUUUUUUUUACAUGAUUUAACUUGUAAAUACUGGUGUAUUAUUCAAUGAAAGACUCGCUUGACAUCUUCAGUGAUUUGUUUUAUAAUCGAGUUGUUCUGUUAAGCAGUGGUUCUUGAUUAGGAGAAAGUUUGUCUUUAGUCUAUGCCAAGUCUCGAACCCAUUCCACCAACAUCAAAAUAUCCUGUCCUUUUUGUGUAUUUGUUUAUUGGCAUGGUAAAAAAAAUGCUU